AUGAGGCAGGAUGCACGGUACAGUGGAGCGCGACGGUCGCGCGCUGUGGCGCAGAAUGUUCCUGAAGAUACACAUUAUGUAACCACUACUAUUUAUACAAUUGUCAACUCUAUUCAGAGUGAUAUAAGAUUAAGUUCAGCGAUACAGAGGUGUUCUGGAAGUUUACAGUUCGGUUCCAUGAACCGCUUCCGCCGCUGCUCCUUCCGUCUCGAGUUGCUGGUCGCAGACAUUCCUGAGGCGGACACCGGACCCGGCUUAAGAAUGCUGACCAGUCAAGGAUGCGCUUAUGGCUGA